GCACCUCAACACUCAACGAAGGCAUGGACAACACCAACUGACCAUUUAACCAUCGGCAGGGCUGACGAUAUAAAGCGAAUCAGCCCAGUUAAACGCAGAAUUCGCCGCGCAAAGCCUGUACCUCAAGUGGCACCACAUGAUAAUGUGUACGAUACUCGCAGGAAGUGUAUGUUGGAACACGGUCAAAAACGAGCACAAGAAGUUCCGGCACCCGAUGAGAUGCCGACAGAAUUUGUGGCCCUAGUAGUGCUCAGGAACCGACAACUGUGA